AUGGCUUCUUUCUCGAUGAUUCUGGCGAAUGGAAAGUGCCUUACUGGGAGCAAUCACUUCCCUAUGAGGCCUCCACCUUCCCGCGUUGCAGCAUUGCCUCUCAUAGUUGCCGUGCAUGGAGGAACUUACACCAGUGACUACUUUGAUGCAGAUGCCGACCAUACUCUCCGCUAUAUGUCCCAGGCGCUGGCCGUCCCUGUCGUCGCUAUUGAUCGCCCGGGGUAUGGUGGCACCUCUCCACUACCACCAAUCCCGACAGAGUCAAGUUUUAUACAAGAACAAGGCAUCUACUUGCACAAAUACAUCUUACCGUUUUUGUGGAAGACACAUGCGUCGAAUCUAGGUGUUUCUUCCAUCGUCUUGUACGGACACUCAAUCGGGGCAGCUGUGGCGGUCAUUACGUCGUCCUUGCACGCCCGUGACGGUGACCUGCCGCCGUAUCCUCUUUCUGGAAUGUCUAUAUCUGGUGUUGGCUCAAACGUCAAAACUUUGCCUAUGGAAGAAUUCCACAAAGACCCGCGAGAAUUGAUUGGUAUCUCUAUCAGGAUCCCGAGCGAUCAAAAAGACAUACUCAUGCUGGGAGCAGCAAAACUGCACAGUCCUUCUAUUCUCAAACAAACAGAGAGGCUACAGCACGAUGUGAGUUUGGAAGAACUGUACGACAUCAAUGUCUUAUGGAGAAGCUACUGGCGAACGUUCGCAGCAAGUGUCAAGGUGCCUGUACUCUACACGCUCGGAGAACUGGACGAACUGUGGAACAAAUCAGAUCAAGACGUUGAAGACUUUGCUAAAGGCUUUGUAAAUGCCCCGCCUGUCGAGGCACGACGGCUGUUGUCUGCACCACACUGUAUAGAGCACUCGCUACAAUGCACUGGAUUGACGUUGCGCACCUUCGGGUUUGCGAUAGAAUGUGCUGUUCAUCAUCAGCUAGUUUUAAUCAGAUAA